ACCUUAAUCACUCCCUAAUUACGUCUUAAUCAUGACCCAAAUCACCAUCCUUUUCAUCUCAUUUGCCCUCUUCUCCAUCCUCAAAGUCCAACCCAUCGACUUCCAAGUUGGUGGUGACAAAGGGUGGUCAAUCCCUCCUUCCAACGAUACCCGUCUCUUCGACCAAUGGGCUUCCAAGAAUCGCUUUAAUAUCAACGACACCCUUCGUUUUGAGUACAAGAAGGAUUCGGUGUUGGUUGUGAGCAAAGAGGAGCACGAGAAGUGCAAAUCAGUGCACCCGGUCUUUUUUUCCAACAACGGUGACACGAGUUUCGAGCUAGACCGAUCGGGAUUCUUUUAUUUCAUUAGUGGGGUUUCGGGCCAUUGUGAACGUGGGCUUAAGAUGAUCGUGAAGGUUUUGGAGCCUGAAAACGUUGCUGCUCAAUCUGCAAACCAGACCGCGAGUAUGAAAAACGGAGGGAUGGGAUUGGUUAAAAUGAGUGGAGAUAUGUAUUCUCAAAUAAGUGUUGUGAUCAUGGGAAGUGUGUCGUUAUUUAUGAUGCUUUUUGUGUGA